UGGGAGAGAGUCUCCACAGUCCACACUCUCCGAACUCCACGCCAACUUGUGGUCAAGUCACCGACUCACUCGGGUGACUCACGUGGUGAUAUAAAACAAAUUACCAUUCUUCCCAGGUUUCUUUUUCUUAUUUUCACCGAAACCCAACAGUCGUCCGCCAUGGCGCCCAUCACUGCGACGGUAUACAAUGCGUUCUCUUCCCCCUCGGCGCAAGGCAAUCCCGCCGCCGUCAUCGUGCUGGACUCGCCAGACGAAGGCGCCGCCGUCGUCCAGGAUGGCCAAGACUUCCCGUGUGCGCUCUACCCACCGGACGCGCAGCUACAGGCCAUUAGCACGCAGAUCAACCUGCCCAUGACGGCUUUUGUGCUGCCCCUCCCCGGCGGCAGCUGCGCGGAUUACGCUGUGCGCUGGUUCAAUGUCACCAACGAGGGCCCCCUGUGCGGUCACGCCACGCUCGCCAUGUCCGAGCAUCUUUUCAAUACGGUCGCCAACCCGCCUCCGACGUUCCGGUAUCUGACGCGGUUCCAUGGGGUGAUAUCGGCGUCGCAGCACCAGAACCCACUGGGCGAUGGGAAGCUCGUGGGCAUUGAGUUCCCUGAGUUGACCAACAUCCCUGCCGUCCCCAAGGGCAGCGAGACAUGGGAGGAGCUGAGACGUCUUUUUGAAGAGGCGACUUCGUCUUUGUGGCAAGGCCACGGAGAACCGCUGGGCGUCUACAAGCAGGACCAGUUUCUGCUGAUUGAGUUCAGCCCUGAGCUUGACUUGGCGGGUGUCCAGAUGGAGCCGCAGAAGUUGUCUUCCUUGCACAGCUAUGCCUACAUCUUUCAGAUAUCGGCGCAACCGUCGGAGCAGAUCCAUUCGCGGGUCAUGCAUUGCUUCCCGGGACACGCCGAUGAGGACAUUGCGACCGGCUCCGCUCACCGGGCUAUCAUCCCGCAUGCCUUGGGCAACCCGGAGACGAGGGCGCGACUGGACAAGUACCAUCCCCAACACGAGGGAGACGCCCUACGAGUAGCCCAGCAGUCGCCCAAGGGCGGCGAGCUGGUGGUGCAGUGGCUACGCGAGGAGAAGAGUGUGAGGAUCAUGGGCAGGGUCGACUCCGUGGGGGAGAAGACGGUCGAGGCGAGCGUGAACUAGGCUAGCAGACUGCAUCUGCGUCCUGUCACGGCAGUGGCCUUUUUGGGAGGCAAUGGAAGAUAAGGCCACAAGCGACAUGAUGCGCUCAUGUUGCCCCAGCACGAUUUCUAACAUAAAGAAUCUCAUUCAACGCAUAUCC